ACGUGGGCCGGUGACUCCGUCCUUCCCGCAGCGGCCGCGGCGCGCAGGGCACUUGGGUUAGUGGCGCGGCGGGCGGCGCGGACAGUGGAGCCGGACGCCCGCUCCCGCCACCAUGGUCAUCAAGACGGACGAGUUGCCGGCGGCCGCCCCGGCCGACAGCGCCCGGGAGCACGGCUCGCAGGCCGGUAGCAAGGGGCGACCAGGCGCGGCCGAGCCUCCCUCUGUCAUGCUGUUGAAUGGGGACUACCCAGAGAACAUGAAGAAGGAGGAGGUGAUUGAGCCACCCAGGGAAAAUGGGCUGGAUGAGGGUGAGCCAGGAGAUGAGACCACGGGACAGGAAGUCAUUGUCAUUCAAGACACGGGCUUCUCUGUGAAGAUCCUGGCCCCUGGCAUUGAGCCCUUCUCCCUUCAGGUGUCCCCCCAAGAGAUGGUGCAGGAGAUCCACCAGGUGCUCAUGGACCGUGAAGACACGUGUCACCGUACCUGCUUCUCACUACACCUGGAUGGGAACAUGCUAGACCACUUUUCAGAGCUCCGCAGUGUUGAGGGGCUCCAGGAGGGCUCAGUGCUCCGUGUGGUGGAAGAGCCAUACACAGUACGUGAGGCCCGCAUCCAUGUGCGCCAUGUUAGAGACCUGCUCAAGAGCCUGGACCCAUCUGAUGCCUUCAAUGGGGUUGACUGCAAUUCCUUGUCCUUCCUGAGUGUCUUCACCGAUGGCGACCUGGGAGACAGUGGGAAGCGGAAGAAGGGCUUGGAGAUGGACCCCAUCGACUGCACACCACCUGAGUACAUCCUGCCAGGGAGCCGGGAGCGGCCACUAUGUCCUCUGCAGCCCCAGAACCGGGACUGGAAGCCCCUGCAGUGUCUAAAAGUACUCACCAUGAGCGGCUGGAACCCACCCCCUGGGAAUCGCAAGAUGCACGGGGACCUCAUGUAUCUGUUUGUGAUCACAGCCGAGGACCGGCAAGUCAGCAUCACUGCUUCCACGAGGGGCUUCUACCUGAACCAGUCCACAGCCUACCACUUCAACCCCAAGCCUGCCAGCCCCCGCUUCCUCAGCCAUUCCCUAGUAGAACUGCUCAACCAGAUCAGCCCAACCUUCAAAAAAAACUUUGCUGUGCUGCAGAAGAAAAGGGUCCAGCGCCACCCGUUCGAGAGGAUCGCCACCCCAUUCCAGGUGUACAGCUGGACAGCUCCCCAGGCAGAGCAUGCCAUGGACUGUGUGCGUGCAGAGGAUGCCUACACGUCGAGGCUGGGCUACGAGGAGCACAUUCCUGGACAGACCCGGGACUGGAAUGAGGAGCUUCAAACGACAAGGGAGCUGCCCCGCAAGAACCUGCCUGAGCGGCUGCUUCGAGAAAGAGCCAUAUUUAAGGUGCAUAGCGACUUCACAGCCGCAGCCACACGGGGUGCCAUGGCAGUCAUUGAUGGAAACGUGAUGGCCAUCAACCCCAGUGAGGAGACCAAGAUGCAGAUGUUCAUCUGGAACAACAUCUUCUUUAGCCUGGGCUUUGAUGUCCGUGACCACUACAAGGACUUUGGUGGGGAUGUAGCAGCCUAUGUUGCACCCACUAAUGACCUGAAUGGUGUUCGCACCUACAAUGCAGUGGACGUGGAGGGGCUGUACACACUGGGCACAGUGGUGGUAGACUACCGUGGCUACCGGGUCACAGCUCAGUCCAUCAUCCCUGGCAUCCUGGAGCGGGACCAGGAACAGAGUGUCAUCUAUGGCUCCAUUGACUUUGGUAAGACAGUAGUAUCACACCCUCGGUACUUGGAGCUGCUGGAGCGCACCAGCCGUCCCCUCAAGAUCCUGCGGCACCGGGUGCUCAAUGACCGAGAUGAGGAGGUGGAGCUCUGCUCCUCGGUGGAGUGCAAGGGCAUCAUCGGCAACGAUGGGCGCCAUUAUAUCCUUGACCUGCUGCGCACCUUCCCACCUGAUCUCAACUUCCUGCCUGUGGCUGGUGAGGAGCUGCCAGAGGAGUGCAGCCGUGCUGGCUUCCCCCGUGCCCACCGUCACAAGCUGUGUUGCCUGCGCCAGGAGCUGGUAGAUGCCUUUGUGGAGCACAGGUACCUGCUUUUCAUGAAGCUGGCUGCCCUGCAGCUGAUGCAGCAGAAGGCCAGCAAGGUGGAGAACCCCACCUCCUUGGAAAAUGGUGACCUUCCCUCCUCGGAAUCUAAGCAUGAAGACCCUCUGGGAUCUGAGGCAGGAAAUGAGGAGGGCAGUAGUACAAGUGGCCUGGCCAAGGUGAAGGAGCUGGCAGAGACCAUCGCUUCAGACGACAGUACAGCAGACCCCCGGAGCCGGGAGGUGAUCCAUAAUGCGUGCAAGGCUGUGGGCUCCAUCAGCAGCACGGCCUUUGACAUUCGCUUCAACCCUGACAUAUUCUCACCAGGGGUUCGCUUCCCUGAGUCCUGCCAGGACGAAGUUCAGGAUCAGAAGCAGCUGCUAAAAGACGCAGCUGCCUUCUUGCUCUCUUGCCAGAUUCCUGGCUUGGUGAAGGACUGUACAGACCAUGCAGUGCUGCCCAUGGACGGGGCCACACUGGCCGAGGUGAUGCGCCAGCGUGGCAUCAACAUGCGCUACCUAGGCAAGGUGCUGGACCUGGUUCUGCGGAGCCCAGCCCGUGACCAGCUGGACCACAUCUAUAAAAUCGGCAUUGGAGAGCUCAUCACACGCUCUGCCAAGCAUAUCUUCAAGACGUACUUACAGGGAGUUGAGCUCUCAGGCCUCUCAGCUGCCAUCAGCCACUUUCUAAAUUGCUUCCUGAGCUCCUACCCCAACCCUGUGGCCCACCUGCCUGCUGAUGAGCUGGUCUCCAAGAAGAGGAACAAGAGGAGGAAAAACCGGCCCCCAGGGGCUGCAGAUAACACCGCCUGGGCUGUCAUGACCCCCCAGGAGCUCUGGAAGAACAUUUGCCAGGAGGCCAAGAAUUACUUCGACUUUAACCUUGAGUGUGAUGCCGUGGACCAGGCUGUGGAGACCUAUGGCCUGCAGAAGAUAACGCUGCUGCGGGAGAUCUCCCUCAAAACUGGAAUCCAGAUCCUGCUGAAGGAGUACAGCUUCGACAGCCGCCACAAGCCAGCCUUCACCGAGGAGGAUGUGCUCAACAUCUUCCCCGUAGUCAAACACGUCAACCCCAAGGCUUCGGAUGCCUUCCACUUCUUCCAGAGUGGGCAGGCCAAAGUACAGCAGGGUUUCCUGAAGGAGGGCUGUGAACUUAUUAACGAGGCCCUGAACCUGUUCAACAAUGUGUAUGGAGCCAUGCAUGUGGAGAUCUGCGCCUGCCUGCGCCUCCUGGCCCGACUCCACUAUAUCAUGGGCGACUACGCUGAGGCACUGAGUAACCAACAGAAGGCAGUGCUGAUGAGCGAGCGAGUGAUGGGUAUUGAGCACCCAAACACAAUCCAGGAAUAUAUGCACCUGGCCCUUUACUGCUUCGCCAGCAGCCAGCUGUCCACGGCCCUGAGUCUGCUGUACCGUGCUCGCUACCUCAUGCUGCUUGUGUUUGGGGAGGACCAUCCUGAGAUGGCACUACUGGACAACAACAUUGGGCUGGUGCUGCACGGCGUGAUGGAGUACGACCUGUCUCUGCGCUUCCUGGAGAAUGCACUGGCUGUCAGCACCAAGUACCAUGGGCCCAAGGCCCUCAAGGUGGCCCUCAGCCACCACCUUGUCGCCCGGGUCUACGAGAGCAAAGCUGAGUUCCGGUCAGCCCUGCAGCAUGAGAAGGAAGGCUACACCAUCUACAAGACCCAGCUGGGUGAGGACCAUGAGAAGACCAAGGAAAGUUCUGAGUACCUCAAGUGCCUGACUCAGCAGGCCGUGGCCCUGCAGCGCACCAUGAAUGAGAUCUACCGCAAUGGCUCCAGCGCCAACAUCCCAGCCCUCAAGUUCACAGCUCCCAGCAUGGCCAGUGUCCUGGAGCAGCUCAACGUCAUCAAUGGCAUCCUCUUCAUUCCUCUCAGCCAAAAAGACUUGGAAAAUCUGAAGGCUGAGGUGGCACGGCGGCACCAGCUCCAGGAGGCCAGCAAAAACAGGGAUAAGACCGAGGAGCCCAUGGCCACUGAGUCUGAGCCAGCGAGGGCCCCAGAGGAUGUGGGCUCCCAGCCCCAGGCUGCCAAGGACCCUUCCUCCCAGAGUUUGCAGGGAUAAAAAAGGGAGAGACAGAUGGACAUUCAGCGGCCCCGUUACCCAGUGAUCCAGACAGACUCCAGGAGAAGGGGGCAUGUCCUGCAGAUUGGGAGAGGAAGCCAGUCCCUCUUCUUCCAUGUUCCACCCCAACCCCACCCCAGCAUCCUCCUAGGAUCCCAACCUGGCCUGCCUGCCCCCUAAAAGAUGUGUUUUUGCACUGGUUCAAUGAAUACACAAUGCAGAGGCCUAAUUGAAGACAUGUGAAUGGAGUGUGUGGGCAUUGGUUCCAACUGGGGGGCAGGUGCCCUUCAGGCCCCCCGUCCUCAAGCAGGUGUGUGCAAGUGUGUCCAUGCCCGUGAGUCUUGAUUCUUCCCUCCUAACUUGUACAUACCCCCCCAGUCAGUCCUAAGUGGAUGACGUGCAGAUGCGAUUUCUCAGGUCAUUUGUAUGUUUGACAUUAUGGCUGCUGCUUUUGCUGCCACUACCCCUGGGCCAAGCCUGGCUUAAAGUCCAGGUUUAAGCCAAAAAAGAUGGUGGGAGGUGGGGGUGGAAGAGCUCUGUGGCAGGGCUGGAGAGUUGGGGUGUACUAUAGUUUUGUGGCAAGGUGAGAGCUACAAUGGCUUUGUUAAUCCUGAUUAGGACCUGGCCUGGCUUCAGAGUAAAGUGAAGGGGCUGGUGGUGGUGGACUCCAGACAGCCACGGGUCCAUCAGGAGGCACUGCCUUAAGCUCUCACUUGCCUCACCAAACCCUAGGUGGGUCUAACCCUCGGGGCCACAGUCUGAAUGUAUCCUUCACCCCAUUUUAACCUAAGCUGCCUAACGCACAGUGUGGGGUAGGUGGGUGAGGGGCUGGGGACCCAGGGCUGAAUCAUGGAUCCUGGGGAUCCAGAUAGUAGUGAUUGUCACCCCUUUGUGGAGCCCAGCUCCUUACCUGACCCUUGCCACACAAGCACCUUCUACAAGAAAGUAGCUCUGGAGGUGGUGGACACCCGACCACCCCAGCUCCUCCCUCUCCCGCCUGCCUGUGUCGCUUUUCUGUGCCUGCUGUCCCAGGAGAUGGCCAUCCUGCAAGCCCAAGGGAGCUGUUCUGGGCAGAACCUCUGCCCAGGGCUUUCUGGAGCUGCUAAUGGGUAAUAGGGUCUGUCCAGGCACUUUGUUUCAAAAGGAGUGGGUGUGAGCUAGCAAGCAAGGCAUCCCCACAGCUGAUCAAGAACUUUUUCUUGUUUUUAAACCAUCACGUCUUCAUUUCACAUUGGAAUAAAGUGAGUUUUUGAAACCUGCUGCCCUAGCCUCACCUGUGUGCUAUGUAACCCAGUCUCUUGUCUGACUGUGAGGCCCUCAAGAUGUCUUUCUAUACCUUAGGUCAAAUUCAAGAUUAUGCCUAGGUCACUUAAGUGGGAGGAAAGGGAGUAGAGUUCUAGGUACUCAGCUUGUCACACAGGUGACAAGAGGAAAAGGCUGAAGGCUGGGUGGGGGAGAGAACACUGGACAGCUAACAGGCUGGGCAACCCUCCUCUACAGUGGGAAUGUCAAGUUAAUCAGAGUGCACUUUAGAGCCAGUUCAUGGAGGGCUAAUGAGUGGGGGAAAUAUGAACCCAAUUAGGUGGAUUUGAAGAGAGCCUGUGAAAAGGGUUUAAAGAGAGGGGUGAUUACAUCUCAGUGGCUGCUACUCAGCCACCCCUUUCUAGAGCAGGCAGGCCCUGGGACCUCAUUACUCUUGAAGUCCUUCUGGUUUUAUUUGUGUGCUGUGGAAUCCCAAGCCCUUGAAAGCCUUUUUGAAUACUUGGAGAGUCUUGUGUCUGAAAAGAAAAAAAAAAAAAAUUCAAGCCUAAUGUGUUAGUUCUCCUGAGCCAACUGGAGGACUGCCUGAUCUUGAGAGUUUAAGUGACCUCUAAGCAUAGCCGUCAGUACCUUGACCAUGUAAAGCUAGUGUAUGUUCCCCACCAACAGUUUUAAUCUCGUGCUUGUGUUCUAAACAUGCUUUCCUCUGGCUCUCAUCCAGUGAGCAUGAGUCACAAGUCGUUUCUGCAGACGGGACAUCCAUGUAAAGCUGACACUGGCUUGGGUGAUUAUUGUGCCAACUAGUGAACCAUUUUUCUUUUUUUUUUGGUGGUAUGGGUAUUUGAACUCAGGUUUUGCAUUGAUUGGCAAGUGUUCUACCACUUGAACCACACCUCCAGCUUCUGGUUGAUCCCUUAAGCAUAUUAGCAUACUAGUGCUGUGAGACACUGAGAUCUCAACCAAACUAGGGGCAGUUUUAUAAAAGAAAUGGGGAGCAGAAAUGUGAAGUCCACCCUUUCUUUUUAGCU